AUGUGGAGGGGCUUCCUGCUUAGGGGCACCACCCGUCUUUUGCGAGUGGCAGCCCAAGGCUGUACUUGUAGACCUCCCCAAAAGCAUUCUUCAUCCUUAUGCGGGAGCAAGUGGAGAACUCCGAGGUUUGCAGUGUCUGCAUGUUUCCCAGAAGAAACACUACGUGGUGCAGACUACUUGUCCCCCACUGUGACCAGGACGUACAAAAAGGACACCAAGUCCGCCUUAGACCUGCCAGUAAAACCCAUUAAGGUCACGCACAUCAAGGAGUUUCUGCGCUCCAGAGACAUUCCAUUCCAUGAUGGCUACUGCUGCUUGCUUGCCCCCAGCAUCUUUGUUGACAGGGGUUCACGUCAAGACCCUGCAAAUUCAAAGAAGGAGAACUGCUCUAUGUUCAUUGACAAAACCACGGGUCAGUUUCUAUGUAAAGAAACAAUGGUGGAAGGGAGCUGGGGGGACCUUCGGGACUGCGUGGAUAUGAUGCAGAAGCGGGACCAGACGUUCCUCAGCCCUAAAGUGAUACUGGAAUAUUCAGAAAGCAAAGCGGAGAAGGAGGAGAGAGAGCGUGAGCUGAGGGAGGUUGAGAGGAUUUGGUCCUGCUCCUUGCCGUUCUCUGACCUUCCCGAGGAGGAGGCUCGGCUCAUCAAAACCAUGUUUAAGAUUACUAAUGUCUCCAACACCACCAUAAAGAAGUUUGGGAUAAGGCUUUUCAAGCCCACAAAGAGCCUGGUGUUCCCCUGGUUUGGAGGGCAUAACUCCAGCCUAAAGGGCAUAAAACUACUAUCUGCUCAAAUUACAGAGGCUGGAAGCGUAAGAUAUAAUGAAGCAACAGUACCAAAAUCUAGCUCAUAUCACGACCUGUUUGGCCUGUCUCUGGUGGGCCGUGGGGAUUCUGAGGUGGUCUUGACAAGUUCUGAAUUAGACACCCUGGCGGUGAGUCAGUCCACGGGGCUCCCCAGCGUGGCUCUGCCCCGUGGGGUCAGCUGUCUCCCACCAGUGCUUCUACCCUACAUGGAGCAGUUCAAGCGGGUGAUACUGUGGUUGGGGGGGGACAUGCGUGCUCGGGAGGCAUCAAAGAUAUUUUCCCGAAAGCUUGGACUAAAGCGCUGUUCCCUUGUGCAACCGGGGGAGAACCACCCCUGUCCAGUGGAUGCACUGGCCCAAGGGAUGGACUUGACCCGUAUCAUCAAGUCCACCAUACCAGCAGUCCAUAAGUCCAUAGUGUCCUUCCGACAGUUCAGAGAAGAUGUCUACGGAGAGUUGACCAACACAGAACAAUUGGCUGGAGUGAAGUGGACAAGGUUUCCAGAGCUCAAUCGAAUUCUGAAAGGCCAUCGCAGGGGAGAGCUCACUAUUUUCACAGGUCCUACUGGCAGUGGGAAGACUACCUUUAUUAGUGAGCUAGCCCUAGACCUGUGCAUACAAGGCGUCAACACGUUAUGGGGCAGCUUUGAAAUCAACAACGUGCGCCUGGCUAAGAUCAUGUUAACCCAGUUCGCCAUGCAGAGGCUGGAAGAGAACUUGGAGCGGUAUGAUUACUGGGCUGACAAGUUUGAGGAGCUGCCUCUCUACUUCAUGACAUUUCAUGGUCAGCAGAAAACCAAAGCAGUGCUUGACACUAUGCAGCAUGCUGUCUAUCUCUAUGAUAUCAACCAUGUUGUCAUCGACAACCUGCAGUUUAUGAUGGGCCAGGAAAAACUCACAGACAACAAAUUUGCUGUCCAGGAUAACAUCGUCGGGGCUUUCAGGAAGUUUGCCACCAACAGCAGCUGUCAUAUCACCCUGAUCAUUCACCCGAGGAAAGAGGAGGAUGACAAGGAACUGCAGACAGCUUCCAUAUUUGGAACGGCUAAGGCGAGCCAGGAGGCAGACAACAUCCUCAUCCUGCAGGAGAAGAAACUGGUCAGCUCUCCUGGGCGCAGGUCCCUGCAGGUGACCAAGAACCGCUUCGACGGAGACGUGGGCAUCUUCCCGCUGGAUUUCCUCAAGGCCUCACUCACCUUCUCAUCUCCCGUCAAGGGAAAGAGCAGGCUGAAGAAGGUCAACAACAAGGCUGAGGAGGAAAGCGGCAAUGUAGUGACAGUGAAGAGGGUAGAUUUGGCAGUGAAGAAAGUAGAUGAGACUAACAGGAAAGAGAAGGGCAAUAUUGGAAGGUCGGCAUACAGAGAAAGAAAGGACCUUUAUCCCAAGUCAGUGCUUAAACACUACUUUGCGGAGGAGCUAUUCAUGGUGAUCUCAGUGUAUGUCGUUAAAUGA